CCCACUCAGGGAGUCAGAGGGACCCGCAGCCCACCCGGAGCGGAUGUAAUAUUUACAUUUUCAUACGUGCUUUUUUUGUUUUUUAAUUUUAAAAUUUCCAUUUUUUUUUCUCCGCUUUUGAACAAUUCGGGUCGAGUGCGUUGUCUUAGCAACUCCUUCGGGCCUGCAACUGCUGCGUUCAAGGAGCCUCCGGAGCUCUUUCCCUUCACCAUGGGGAUCAAAGCCGCGCUUCCCAAAUAUGAGAUCUAUUUCUACAACACGGUGCUUUGUCUGGCCCUCUUCUGGGCCUCCAGCUGGAUCCUUGACCUGUCCAGUUCCAGUGCAAACAGAAAAACGUUCAAAACCAGCGUGAAGCCGGGAUGGUACUACUUUGGGAGGAAGAUGGAUACGGCUGACUUUGAGUGGAUGAUGUGGUUUUCCACCUUCAAAGAGCACAUCCUGUUUGCUCUCUCUGGCCAUGUGCUGUUCGCUAAGAUCGGCUCCAUGUUGGCUCCGCAGUACCGGUCCCUGGUGUACAUGGUGUACGGGCUGCUGGCCGUGUGGACCAGCAUGGGCUGGACCUACGUCACCCUCAUCCUGUCCCACUGCAUUCUGCUCUACAGCAUCUCCUUGGUGAAAAUACGCUGGCUCUGCUUUGUCGCCGGCCUUUGCACGCUCGCCACGUUCAAGUGUGAACCCUUCGUGUCCUGGCAGGCAGGCUUUGUGGAGGGUGACUUUGAGCUACGUCAUGUUCUCUUCUACGGAGGUUGUGGGUUUACAAUCAUGCGCUGCAUGAGCUUUGCGCUGGAGAACUGCGAGAGGAAAGAGGGAAACUACAACAUCCUGGAGCUGCUCAAGUACAACUUCUACCUCCCCUUCUUCUAUUUCGGGCCCAUCAUGACAUUUGAUAAGUUUUAUAUUCAGGCCAACAAGCCGGAGCUGACCAGGAAAGAGGGGGACAUGUGGAACAUCCGUCUGCAGGGCCUGAUUCAACUCGCAUCCAUCAUUGUAGUGGACGUCCUCUUCCACUUCCUGUACAUCCUCACCAUCCCCUCCGACCUGAAGCUGCUGAAGCAUGCGUCUGACUGGGCUCUAGUGGGACUAGCCUACUUUAACCUGGUGUAUGACUGGGUAAAAGCCGCCAUCAUGUUUGGAGUCAUCAACACGGUGUCCAGACUGGAUCAUCUGGACCCUCCCAACCCGCCAAAAUGCAUCACCAUGCUCUACGUGUUUGCGGAAACUCAUUUUGACAGAGGGAUCAACGAGUGGCUGUGCAAGUACGUGUACGAUCACCUGGGUGGGAAACAUGACAACGUGGUGGACGAGCUGGUGGCCACACUGUGCACGUUCGGCGUCACCAUCCUGUGGCUGGGGCCCUGCCCGGCGGUGCUGGUCUGGGCUUUCUUCAACUGUUUUGGCCUCAACUUUGAGCUGUGGACAGCCAGGUUCUUCUCCAUGGAGCCCUUUGCUUCGCUUGAGGCGGCCAUGCCAGAAGCAACAUCCCGCCGGAUCAGAGCCGUCUUCAAUACUUUAAACUUCUGGAGCAUUGUGUUGUACAACAUCCUGGCCUUGAACAGUUUGGACUUCGCCAAGCUGGUUGCAAAGCGGCUGCUUCUUAAAGGCUUCCCUAUAACCACUAUCACCGCCAUGUUUGUGACCUACUGCCUGAUUCAAGUGAUCAAGGAGAGGGAGAGGAGGCUGGCCCUCAUCGAUGACCCUGACCCUCUUCCUCCGGCUCCUCUUCAGAGCGCCGCCACUGCUGCAGCUACACCCGCUGCUGCACCCGCUGCUCCUCCCGGUGCCGCUCAACCAGUCGCGGAUCCAAGCAAGGAAAAAGCAGAGUAGAUGUUUGAUGUUGGCUUUGAUCAUAGCAAAGGAGUAGGAUAUUUGGUCAAAUCAUUUCAAACCAUGAGUUGUGAAUCGAUGUUGCUGCUGAUGUAGAAAACAGCAUUUACUGUAAAUAUGUACCAUCAUUAUAUAAUAAUGUCCACUACCAACUCAGAGUGAACAACAACAAUUGGUGUAACAAAACUUCCUUUUUAUGAAACUUUUCUCAUCAAUGCAAAAAAUAAACUGAAACGAUUUGGUCAAA